GAAUAACUCGAAAUAAAAUAUGGAAAGAAUAGAUAUCACGAAAUAUUGCAUCAGAUGCCCUCAUUAAAGACACGUCUCUGAUAACAAAAAUGUUGACAUCUGACCGAACGUUGCGGUGAGAAAGCACUUUUCGGCAUUUUCUUCCAGAAGUUACGGAAGUGACUUGUCCUUAGGCUGAAAUCAAAAUCAUGGGGGACCUCGGUCAGUGGUUCCAUAGUAUACCUCCGUUGACCAGAACAUGGUUCGGGGCUACGAUUGCCAUUUCUCUUUUAGCACGUUUUGGCUUGCUAAAUCCACAUUGGUUAAUCUUGCAGUAUGAGCCUCUUAUGCAUCACUUUCAGAUCUGGAGGCCAAUCACAGCAGUCUUUUACUAUCCUCUUGUACCACCAUAUGGCUUUCAUUUCCUCCUAAAUUGUUAUUUCUUGUAUAACUACUCACUAAGACUCGAGACAGGUCUGUUUGCUGGCUAUCCAGCAGAUUAUUUGUUCAUGCUGCUUUUCAACUGGAUAUGCUUUGUUAUUGUAGCCCUCCUAAUUAAUUCAAUGUUCCUUAUGGACUUCAUGAUUAUGUCUGUGUUGUAUGUGUGGUGCCAAGUCAACAAAGAUACAAUAGUAUCCUUCUGGUUCGGUACACAGUUCAAGGCCAUGUACCUUCCCUGGGUACUAUUACUUUUCAACUUCAUCACUACUGGAGGUAUAAAUGAUUUGAUUGGCAUCCUAGUUGGUCAUCUCUACUUCUUCUUGAACUUCAAGUAUCCUCAGGACUUUGGUGGUGCAAGAUUACUUCACACGCCACAAAUAUUGUACCAUUACCUCCCAAACCAGCGAGGUGGUACUGCGGGGUUUGGUAGUGCUCCUACUCCACGUGCAGCUGGUGGUGCAGGAGGUGGUGGCGGGGGUGGAGGAGGAGGUGGAGGUGGAGGCGGAGGACUAUUCCGAGGUCAAGGGCAUACUCUUCGCUAGAGGGAUCUCGGUUCACUAACCUCUUGCCAUUUGCCAGCCACUUUGCAAGAAAACUUUUCACUCCGCAAGUGAUUGAUGUUCAAGGAUGAUUAGGUCUUUCUCUUUUUCUCUUAUUGUCUCAGUGGUUUCUGUUUUCAGUUUUACCUUGGUUUGAUAGCUUCUCUUUGGACCAGCAGAAGGUUACUUGGCCUCAAUGCGCACAUUGUGAUAUAAUGGGAUAUUUUAAUUUUUUAUGCAUAUCAAUUUCAGUAACUUUUGAGGUUUGAUAGUUUAAUGCAGAGUACUAUACAUGUGUUACUUAAGAAAUAUUUAAUAAUUAAUUUGGUUUUGAGGACUUUGUAAUGAAGGAAGUUCCAUUAAUAGUUCAGUGUCUGAUAAGCAAUACAAAAGCUCUACAGGUACUUUCUUGAGUUUGAUCCUUUUGUAUUAGGCCUUGAAAUUCCGAAGACUAGAAUUUAAGCCCACAUGUACUCUGUAUUAUUAUUUAUGAUAAUUUCUUUACUGCAUUGACAGAAAUUAUGUGGCUAUUUGAAGGCACUUUAUUUCAUCCAUUGGCAUUGCCUUUCUUAUCUAAAGAAUUGGUACGUGUUGUUAUUACUAGUUGCUGUUAAGUUAUGUUACCAAUAAUAUAUAUUUAUUUCUGUACCUGGCAAUGAGAGCUCCUGGAUGAGCAGUGCCAUAGAAACCACGUUAAGGUGCACGCAAAUUAUCUCGGUUAAAACUCUACUAGUAUGUUAAUACACUUUUUGAAUAUUUACGUCAAUAACUGCAGAAUGCAUUGUUAACCUAUGUAAAGCUUUUCAGUUUACGUACAUGUGAAGCGCAAAGUUGGGUUUAAAAGUUUGAACAGUUUGGAAAUACUUCUCGUCCAAGUAUCUCAUUUAGUCAUGCCUAGGCAUCAUUCAUUAAACAUCAGUCUAUCCUUGGUUUCAUGGUGUGAAUAUAUUUUUCUUACUGUGUACAUGUUAAGUUUUUUAAAGGUUGAAGCUGACUAUUGAAGGGUUGUAUUGCAGCCAUACAAAUUGUACAGAUGAUCACUAGACUGGUGUUUUUUCACUAUUUUAUACAGUAUGCAUUGUCAGUUGCAAAGUCAUUCAAGCGAAUGAGACAGGAUUUACCGGCUCUUUAUGAUGUCAAGGUCACCUUUUGUGAUUUUGCCCCCAAUCAUGAAUUUUUCUCUAUGAUAUGGGUACUUUUAUAAUAGCAUAUGUACAAUUGCAUAUCCCAUGUGAAUAAAGUGUUUUUCACU